GGUUAGCACUUGACUUUUAACGGCGCGGUUCGAAAUCUUUCAAAGAAAUAGGAAAAUAAGCGAAUUAAAUAUACGUAAAGUGAAAUGCUGAUGAAUAUAAGUUGAUAUUUAUCAGAUUAUUGGAAUCAAUAACUGUAAUAUAGUAUAUUGUUUCUGAAUAAUUUACCUAAUAACGAUAUGGCGGACGACGACUUUAGUAAAUUAUUACAACAAGCUGAACAGUUAACAACUGAAAUAGAAGGAAAUGAAGAGCUACCGAGAGUUGAACGAUCUCUUGGUCAAGUCCUGGAGGCCUCGCAUGAGUUAUAUUCAAGAGUUAUACAAUCAGGAGCAAAUGAUAUCCAAGCACAUCUUCUAUUUGGCUCAAAAGGCAUAGAUCUUCAACAAAUAUCUCAAAAAUUAGAGACGCUUAGUUCAAAGCGCACAUUUGAACCACUUCAACCUAUAGCUGACUCAGAUGUGGAAAGUUUUUUAAAAAAUGAAAGAGAAAAUGCUAUUUUAUCACUCAUUGAUGAAGUUAAUAAAAAUUCAUUGCAAACAACAGAAGACCAAAAAUGGGAGCACAUGCUUUCAGAGUGGAACAAAGAGAAAACAAAUCUAAUGAAUGCUAUGAUAGGACCUUCACAGAACUGGCUAGAUCUUAAAAAGACACCGGAGCCUCCAAGUAUUGCCGAUGCUCCUAAAAAGUUUGGGCAUUCUAUGCUGGACAGCAUAGAGGCUGCAUAUGCUAGACAAAUCCAACAGUACAAUAAACUGAUAUUCCAAGGUUCCAAGCCUAGGACAGCAUUGCACCAGAAAUUUGCACAAGUUGCUGAGGAACUAAAUGAAACGAAAGUAAGAGAAAUGUGGGAGAUAAUAAAGACAAUGACCAACAUACCUGCUAUUGUGCGGGAUGAAGAUCCACUAAAAGCUCGAGGCAAUCCUGCAAUUCAACAGUGUCUAAUAGCACAAGGCAAGAAAUAUUUAGAAAAAAGGUACAAACAAUACAUGAGUGAUGUUGUACGUGCAAAUCCUGCUGCAGCUAUGAGAGGUGGGGAACCCGGUACAUAUCCAUUGGUACGAGGCUUUGUAGGCCUUCGUUUACAAGGACAGGGCAGUCAGGGUUUAGCUGACGGCGUAGUUGAUGACCGUCCGCUAUGGCCUAUGAUAUACUACUGUCUCAGAAGUGGAGAUGCAAAUGCUGCAUUACAUUGUUUACGUAAAGCAGGACGUGAUCAUGAAGAAUUCAUAUCAGCACUUGAAGAGCAUAUCAGGAAUCCAGAAAAAGCCUUAAGUGAUAAAUUGCAGACAGCCAUUAACUUUCAAUAUAGGAUUCAAGUUCGCAAUUCAACCGAUCCUUACAAAAGAGCUGUGUAUUGUGUAAUUGGUUGUUGUGAUGUGAGUGAUGAGCAUUCAGAAGUGGCACGCACUGCUGACGACUACCUCUGGUUGAAGCUGUCCAUCAUAAAAUCUCGUCCCAACAAUGAGCCAGUUGCAUUCACAUAUUCUGAUCUUCAGAAACUUAUCUUGGAGGAAUAUGGUGAAACUCAUUACCAUGCUUAUGAAAAACCGUUGGUAUAUUUCCAAGUACUGAUGUUGACAGGACAGUUUGAACCAGCUCUUGAGUUUCUAUCUAGAAUACCAAGAUAUCAAGUUCAUGGUGUUCAUAUGGCUCUAGCACUUCACGAUGUUUAUAUGUUGGGUACACCGAGGAAUGUACAAGCUCCUUUAUUAUCUGUAGACACAGAUGAUCCUAAUCCACUUCGUAGAUUAAAUUUGGCAAGAUUGUUACUACUUUAUGUGAGAAAGUUUGAACUUUCUGAUCCAUCUGAUGCCUUACAUUACUAUUUCUUUUUGAGGAAUUUGAAAGACCCAAGUGGUAAAAAUUUAUUCAUGUGCUGUUGUACGGAUCUUGCAUUAGAAAGCAGAGAUUAUGAAUUGUUGUUUGGCAAAAUGGAUCCCGUUACAGGAUUAUGUAGUCCCGGUUUAUUAGAUGAGUUUAAUAAUCCCCAUAUUGAUAGUAAGGUUAUAGCUCUAAAUGUGGCCGAGCAAUUAGUCAACAAAGGACUCUUUGAAGAUGCUAUCACAGUUUAUGAUAUUGCUGGGAACAUAGAAAAAGUUCUGGAACUGUUCUGUGUUCUGCUGGCUCAAGUGGUGAACAGUGGAGGUGGUGCGGGCGGGCUGCGGGAACGGCUGUCUCUGCUCGCGGACCACGUGUCCCAGCGCCUUCGAUACGCAGACACCACAGCGCUGCCAGCUGCACUACUGGAGGCAUAUGUCAAGCUAUGCAAGCUCAUGACGUUCUUCGAUCAGUUCCAUAGUGAUAACUUUGAAGGAGCUCUCGAGACGUUACGAGAGUGUGAGUUAGUCCCGCUCAGUGCGGGUGAGCUUGAGAGUCGGGUGUCUGCGGCGCGGUCGGCCCGCGGCGAGCUCUUACGUAGCCUGCCCGCCGUACUGCGCGCGCUGUGCCACAUACUGCUGGCCCAGCGACAGCGUCUGCGCAACGCACACGCACAUAAUCUACCCAUGCAUACCAAUAAGCAAGUGGAAUGGCUGCGGGAACAGGCCGAAGUACUCAAUACAUUUGCAGGCAACAUUGCAUAUAGAAUGCCCGGUGAUACUUACAGUCAAUUAGCACAGAUGCAAAUUUUGAUGCAUUAAUACAAAGUUAUAAAA